AUGACUGCUUUGACCCUUGAAAUACAAACCGGCGAUGAGGAAACGAUUGAAUGUUGGGAUGAUGAUCAAGAUCUGCAAUGUUAUGAAGGCUUCCAGCUGCGCGCGGCAUCAAGCGCCACCUCAGUAACAAACUCAUCGGUUCAUCGUUCGGUGCAUAGGGACUCUAUAUCUUCGCGUCGCUCUGCACGUUCUGAUCUGGAAUCCAACGUCGGAGGUGACAAAGACUGGCAAGUCCACUUCUUGGACAACAAUGAGGUGAUUACCGAAGAGGCUAUUUCAUCUGCCAAAAUUGCUGGACUACCUCUGCCAACAAACAUCUCGAGAUCAGCCCUCGUUGGUGGUACCAUCAAACGCCUUGGGCGGAGGAAAAACUGGAUGAGCACCGUCGACGAUUGGGCCGAUGAUUUGGAUUUUCCCAGCGUAGAUGAUAUACUGGAAUUGAAAAGUCCAAUAGAUAUGUCUUUCCCCGAAGCGCCGCGACAAGUCAGCUCUGCUACCACAAGUCCGGUCAAAACAUCGACGUCGUCCGCAUGGGACAACGAUACUGCGACUCGACAACAAACAGCAUUGGCGGUUUCAACCAAUACCCGAAUGGAUAACGACACGACUGAUACGCAUGAUAUUCCUACAAUUGAAGUCGCAAGACCUCUUUAUCCAAAUGGGUCUUCUUCUCUCAGUAACCUUCUGUCUUAUAGGGACAAGUUUACAACAGACGAUCUCGAGCAGGACUUUGAAUUGCCGAAUGAUGAUCUUAUGCUCCGAUUGACUCCCCGCAACGAAAAUCCCGGACCUUUGAGCCCCUCUACAGAAGACUUCGACGUAGACUGGUCUGAAGGCAGUAUCGGAGUCAGGUUUGGUGGAACCACGAAGGAGCAUCGGUCGAAUCCGUCAUCUGUGUGCGUUGUCAGCCCGAGUGCUUCCAGCUGUCUAACAGCUGAGAGCGACGACGAUGGCCUCGACGAUCUCAUUAUCCCUGAAGAGCCUCUGGACUUGGAAUUACACGUGAAAGGACGGAGAGGGACUGUAGAUCCAGAUACGGCAAAAGCAAGUAUGUCCUGUAUCAACCAAGCCUCCUCCAAGAGUGACGACUUCUUUUCGGGCCUUGAGAUCGAGGACGACGCGCUCUUCGAUCCCAAGAGGCUUUCGAUUAACCCCAACAUCAAGUGCAAAAGCGAAUGCCCUCGAAAUCCCGUGCGUCACUCUACGGCGGCUAUCACAUUCACCAAUACGGCAGUAUCUCCUAGGUCACGGAUUCCGCGUCCAUCCGGCCCAGAUCGCCCGCACUCAACACAACUCGAGACCGUUUCAGAGAGUGGAGCGCCUCUUUCGCGGUUCAGGGCAUCAGAGAGCCUAGCCGGGAAUCAUUUAACACAAUCUUCUUUGUCCAGCCAUCCUUCCGCUCAACAAUUUUCGACGCCUCACCGACGGCACCCAACCCGAUUAAGCAAGGAAGCCUCUGUAAGCGAACGUGUCACAUUUGGGAGGCAUUUGGCAUCGAAACGUUCGAUGCCAACAAUGCGCCAUCCGCAGCACGUCGCCACGCCACCCCUAGCCCAACGGCUUUCUACUUAUUCUGAUGCAUCAAGUUCCUUUUCUCACUCUACACAUCGUCCUCAAACUCCGGUAGAUCGCUUGGGGCACGAUAUGAAACAGCUAUUGCGAAAAGUCCAAGUUCCAUUCAUCCCUGCUGGAGCAUCGGAAAAGCAGUCGCAUCAUGCGAGUCUCAAGAAUCACCGCCAAACUCGUCGACAUAAUUCUGAUGGUACAAAUGAUACAUUUUCCCCCAAAUAUCCCGCUCCGAGUUCACGGAAUCGCCACGAUACGCUCAGCAGAAGUCAUCUGGAAUCUAGCCCAGAGGCUUUGGCCCUUUCUACUAAACGGACUUUAACACGACCAACUCGACGGCGUAAUUUUGGGGACGGCUCGGAAUUAGCUCUUUUCGAUGAUUUGCCUACUUCUUCCUCUGCGGAAAGCAGAUUUGUGAAACAUCCCUCUGGGCGAGGUGUCCCAAGAUCAUUGAGAAACAGGCUUAGCCAUAGUCCCAUGAUUUCUCCAGAUGCAAGAGCUCCAAAUUCCCAACCUAUCUCGAGUAGCCCAGACAUCUCUGCCAGACUCGACAAUACUCCGAGGUUUGCACGAGACACCAAUGCAUCCAGGAAUGCAAGGGAACAGCGCAUGGCCUCUUUGUCUUCUAGUGCGAAACUUCGCGAGAGUUACCCACUUGUUUCUCUGGGCUCGAAUGCAAAAACCUCUACCGUCUCGCGGGCACCUUCCAGCUCAGUCACCACUAGAGGCAAGAAGGCCAAAGCCACCGGGCUGCCUGGGUCCAGGCCUCAUCUGAUUAAGCCACUGGGUACCGGCGUGCAGGAUGUCAAAUCAAUCAACGGCAUGCGAUACAAUCCGAGCUCUUUCUCAUGGGAAGGGAACGAGAAUUCGAUUCGUGCCUUUGAGUCAACCGUACUGAAAUCUCCAAAGCCAGUACCCGCUCUUAUCACCAAUAUCGGGGCCAUGCAGAACGUGCAGGUAGUUUGCGGUAUGGUGUUUGAUCCGCGGCGUAUGUGUUGGCUUAAGCUGGCACCGUUACAGCCUGGACAGGAUGGCUUAAUGGCUGUCCAAGAUGAAGAUGAUAUUUUCGCUGGACUCGAAGACUUGAAAGAAGGCUCCGAUAUGGUAGCUGGGCGGUCGUCGGCUAGUAAUGAGGAACCGUGCCUUGUCGCAGGUGGAGACGACCGGAGCUACGGUGAUUCUUCAGACGAAUGGCCCAUAACUGAGGAAUUCGAUGUUGGUCCUGAGUUCAUCCGGAGGCAGCGUGCGGAGGAGGAUAAAUGGAGGCGCAAGGUGGAAAAAUGGACGAGACUUGAUCGUGCAAAAAUCGGGAACGGCUGGAGGUGGGCAAUUCGGGACUUGGUAAGAUUCAAUGGCACUGCCAACGCCCCAGACGUACGCCAUGCAUGA